GCUGCCAUUUGUGUUGCUCCGUAGGCCUCGUCUCUCCGAACGAUGCCAAUGAUCGUGAGAUGCAGCCACACCACAACACUCGUGAUCUGCGCUGACAAUCGAGCCAUGCACCUCGUCGUCGCAAAUAGCGAGCGCCUGUGUGGGCAGAGACACUCGGUGAAGAGCAGCAGCGUGUGCAGAGCGAUCGCCCUGACAGACCGUACUACGGUACCUAUGUCUCGCCAGGCCGAGCGUCGGACUGCUUGCUUCCUGGCGCUUCAGCUCGUAUAGAGAGCAAUCAAUCCUCUCCAUCAGCGCCGCAACAAACUCCUUUGCCGCAUGGAGCGCCUUGCUCGCCCUGACAACAUCAACCAAAACCCCCCGAUCGACCUUCAGCCAGACGCCGGUCACACCUUUGACGGUGUCGACGCCAGCUACUCCGUUCCAUCGCCUGACCUCUCAAAUACCGUCAGGAAGUCAAGGCUUAUCGUUCUUGUCGCUCUUCCCUAUCGUGCCGGCGCUCUCUUACGCAACGCCGAAAUGUCGUCCCAUCACGAUAUUGAGCUGAACGGCGACGUUUCAGACAAGUGCGCAACUUCUUCUUCUCGUCAUGGAGACUCGAGCAUACCUCCGUCGCCGAUCCAAUUCACUGAUAGGCCAAUCACCGGCAUGGCGCUUCGACACCAGCUCGAACAGAAGGAUGGCCAGUACGUGCUGGAGCUCGGAGAGGCUCAACGGCAGUUCGGCGAUGAGUGGGCAAGCUCCUUGAAGACGGACAAGAAUGGCAUUGUCUUGUGGCCCCAGCCUUUGGGCCCUGAAGACCCCCAAGCCUGGCCAGAGCGCAAAAAGAGCCUGAUCCUAUUCAUCAUGGUUUUGGCAGCCAUAGUGCCAGAUUUUGAUUCAGCUCUCGGAAUUGCGUCCAUGUUCGGCCUGGCAAAGACUUUCCACACAACACCUGACCGUAUCAACAAUUUGACCAGUAAUUGGUCCAUCUUUCUCCUGGGACCCGGCGGUGUGUUUGCCAUCGUUUUCGUUCGCCGCUUUGGCCGUCUGCCCGUGCUCUUUUGGACCCAGGUGAUCGGACUCGCCUUUCUUGUCGGCGCUACGUUCGCCCCGACCCUAACCAGUUUCGCCGUCUGUCGAUGCCUCAGCGGCUUUUUCUCGACGAGCUCGCAGGUGCUCGGCCUGUACAUCUGCACUGACCUGUAUCCGGUGCACAAGCAACCAACGCGCGUGGCAUUGUGGACCUUUGGCUAUCUUGCGAGUCCUUUCAUUCCGCCCUUCAUUUUUGGCUACCUGGCGGCACGUCAAAGUUGGCGCUGGGUGUACGCUUGCGGCUCAAUCUACUCGGUGAUUGUGGUUCUCUUGAUUGCUUUCUGCAUGGAGGAGACUCUGUACGACCGUCAUUUAGAUCCUGUCCCCGCACGUCCAACACACGGUCUUCGCUAUCGUAUCGAGACGCUCCUCGGUCUCACGGCCUGGAAGCUCAGAAAGAAUCGCACGCCCAUGUGGCAAGCGGUGAAAGAAAUGCUCGAGGUCAUGUUCCAUCCGCAAGCCGUUCUUUGCUACAUCUUUGGCGCCAUCUUCUUCGGAUUUACCGUGGGAAUCAACGUGACGCUGCCCAUUUUCUUGGCUGAGCCCAAGCGUGUCGGUGGCUUCGGCUUCUCGCACGACGCCAUCAGCACGCUGUACUUGGUACCCAUCAUAUCUGUCUUUAUUGGCGAGGCUCUGGCUGGCUGGUGGUCACGCAUGGCUACCAGAUGGUCUGUUCUGCAUGGACCAAACGUUGGAACGCUGCAAAACGAAGACCUCUUGCUGCCGACUGCGCCGGGCACGCUCCUGUACCUCAUCGGUAUGCUGGCUUUUGGUGCUGGACUUCAGCACGUCACUUUGGCAGGCAUCAUCAUUGGAUGGGCCCUUAUUCAGGCAGGCUGCAUGGUCAAUCUCGUCGCCUUGCUGAGCAAGCUAUCUCUAGAGAUGCCGGACCGUGGCGGAGAGAUAGCUGCACUGGUGAAUUGGGCCAGAGUCCUCUUCGGUUUCUGCAUUCCUUACUUCCAACACGAGUGGGUCAACCGCGAUGGUCCGAUGCUCGUGUGGGGAACCGAAGGUGGCAUAGUCGCCGCACUAUGGCUCUUCACCAUGGUCCCAUUAUGGCUCUUCGGUAGUCGCUUGGGACGCAGGUCUCAGAAAGACGAGCAUUGACCUUGAUUGGCUUCAGAGCAAGCCUCAGCGACGGUCCAUGGCCAUGAUCCCAUGCAAAUCGAUCGUCACUCCUUCACUUUCCCUCUUUUCUCGUUUCCUCUUGUUCUGUUCUUCUUGCCGACUUGACACGUCCUCCGUCCGGCUUACUAAAACCCCUACCCUCCCUUGCAUCUCUCUGUAUCGGGCUGAUCACCCUGAAUGACUUCUGCCCAAGUAGUGGUCAUUUGUCUUGCACGCUUUCCUAUUUCUCAGUCCAUAAUCGAUAGGUGACACGAGUUCCAUAAUCGA